AGGUGGCGCGCUAGGGCGCCGCUGCGGUGCAGACGGCACGCGAGUGGAGUCUGUGAGGUGUGACCCGGUGGGGUGGGUGACCAAUGGGCUCCCGGCCAGGUGGCGGGGGGGUCGUUGGCGUCCGACUCCUCCCAUUCAGCGAUCUCCUUUGAUGGGCCUGGACCUGAGAGGUGGCGCUUUGCCGCUAAGGUCUGAGGCUUGGCGGGAUGGUGGUUGCUGAGAAGAGGGCGAGGGAAUGAAGCACUUCCCUGCCAGAGAGCACCUGGGGCCGUAGGUGCCCGUCGGCGUGCGCUCGGAGGAGAACCCGACGUGGGGAGGAAUCUGGCUUCGCCGACUGAGCGGACGCGGUGCAGCCCUCUGGUUCGGGGUGGAAAACACGGCGGAGCCCGUGUAGCCAGCGCACGGCUGUGGGUGGCCCCCCGACCGUUCCUCUGGCAGGGCGGUCAAAGGACCUGACAACGCCACGGAGCCCUCGGCCGCGUUGGACCCUCAGCCCUUGCUUCCUCUCUCCUUGCACCCAAGUGCAGUGCGGGUAGGAGAAGGGACCGCGGGCGGUCUGAGCGCUCAACCCCCAUUUCCAUCUGUCUCUUGGUGCACACCUUAAGGAGAGGGGAUUCCUAAGCAGCUGGGAACCCGAGGCUGUAAAGGGGGCUUCAGGUAAUGGGCAGCAGUAUAAAAAUACAGGAGCAGAACUUCAAGGUUUAACCACUGACCGAUUUUACAGAAUGUUUCAUGCAUCUGUGGACUAAAGAUGGAGUUGGUGUUUCUUUUUAAACAGUUGCUGUCAGUGAUUUGAUACAAUUAUAAAUACUCACUUUUGAAGAUGCCUGGAUUUGUCAUUUGGUUGGACUAUUGGUCAUUUCUGAAAGUUUCUUCAACAACAGUUUCUAAUUUGAAAAUUCAAGUAUCAAAGGAUAUUGAGUUUGGAAUGGUAUAAUGAUGUAUUUUGUCUGAGGACUGCAAAUUUCAUAGAGACCACAGUUGGAUUCCAGUUAUAUUUCCAGUCAAAGAGAUUCAUAUCAUUUUGUUCUCUGAUAAACCGAAUGUUGAGGAGUCUUAUAUUUAUGAACACCAAAAGAUGGGAGAAAAAAAUGGUUUUUUUCCUUGCUCAUCUGUAAACUCAUAUCCUGUAGUAUAGAACUUGGUUCCUAAAGAGGACAUAAGGUCUGACAAUUAAGUUGCAAACUCGCCAUCAUGCAGUUACAUGGGCAGCAGUAUACAGACAACUCGAUGAUGCAAAAACUUUCUGGAUGGAGCUAGAAGAUGGUGGAAAAGUGGACUUUAUAUUUGAAAAAGUACAAAAUGUGCUACAGACACUGAAGCAAAAGAUUAAAGAUGGGUCUGCAACAAAUAAAGAAUAUAUCCAAGCAAUGAUUCUAGUGAAUGAAGCAACUAUCAGUAACAGUGCAGCUUUGAUAAAGGAUCAUAUACCUGUGACUCAGAAUGAACAGGAAAACCAAUCAAAUACAUUUCCUUCUACAUCGUACGAAAACUUUCCAAAAGACUGUGCACUUCUAUCUACAGAAAAUGAGGAAAUUCUUUCUCUGAAAAAUAAAGUUGUAGAGUUUAGAGGAAAAGAAUCAUCUUUGAAUUUAUCGUACCAAAGUCAUGCCUGCUCUGGUGCCUGUCUUAUGAAAAUGCCACCAACCUCCAAGGGAGAAAACCCUCUGCAGCUGCCAAUUAAAUGCCACUUCCAGAGGCGACAUGCAAAGACGAACUCUCACUCUUCAGCACUCCACGUGAGUUACAAAGCCCCUUGUGGAAGGAGUCUGCGAAACGUGGAGGAAGUUUUUCGUUACCUCCUUGAGACAGAGUGUAACUUUCUAUUUACAGAUAACUUUUCUUUCAAUACCUAUGUUCAAUUGACUCGGAACUACCCAAAGCAAGAAGAAAUUGUUUCUGAUGUGGACAUUAGCAAUGGAGUGGAAUCUGUGCCCAUUCCUUUCUCUAAUGAAAUUGACAGUAGAAAGCUCCCACAGUUUAAGUACAGAAAGACCAUGUGGCCACGCGCAUACCAUCUAAAUGGCUUCUCCAACAUGUUCACUGAUUCAUGUGACUGUUCUGAGGGCUGCAUAGACAUAGCAAAAUGUGCAUGUCUUCAACUGACAGCAAGGAAUGCCAAAACUUCUCCCUUAUCAGGUAAUAAAGUACCCACUGGAUAUAAAUACAAAAGACUACAGAGACAAGUACCUUCUGGUAUUUAUGAAUGCAGUCUGUUGUGCAAAUGUAAUCGACGAUUGUGUCAAAACCGAGUUGUCCAACAUGGUCCUCAAGUGAGGCUACAGGUGUUCAAAACUGAGAAAAAGGGCUGGGGGGUACGCUGCCUGGAUGACAUUGACAGAGGGACAUUUGUUUGUAUCUAUUCAGGAAGAUUACUAAGCAGAGCUAACACUGAGAAAUCUAAUGCUAUUGAUGAAAAUGGGAAGGAAAAGAAUACUAUGAAAAAUACAUUUUCAAAAAAGAGGAAAAUAGAAGUUGCGUGUUCAGAUUCUGAGGUUGAAAUUAUCCCGUUAGAACUGGAAACACAUCCUAAGAAUGCUGAACCUGAGGAGUGUUCACCAGAGUUCAGUAGCAGUUCCAAAGAGCUUGUUAUGGAAAUGAAGUUUAACAAUAUUUCAAGAAUUCAAUAUCAUUCAGUUAUUACAAGUCCUAAAUCCAAGACAGAAAUUUUUCAACGCAAUGGAAAAAAGGAAUUUGUUUCCUUGGAGUCUGUCACCUCAGAAGAUAAUGAUGGAUUUGAACCAGCCCCGGAAUGUCUGAGCUCUAAAGCCAAGGGAGUGCAAAUGGGGGACAUUGCUGAGAGGCGAAGACCAGCCUAUGCUGCCUCUUCUCCCUUGGAGUCUCCUUGUCUGUGCAACACCGGCUCCCCACCAGAGGAAUCAAGUUCAAACCAAGUCGAAGAUUCUGAAGACAAUGUGCUGACUCAAUCAAAUGUGAAAAAUACAACUAGACGUAGAGAAGAAACUCCACCCCGGGACAGAUGUAACCAUGCAACCGUGUUGGAUUAUAAAAAUAUGAAAAAGGAAUUUGAAGUGCAAAUACAAAAGCCCCAAGAGGAGCAAUCUUCAGCAUGUCAAAAACAGCAGAUCUUUUGUGAUGAAGUGUUGCCAAAUGAAACCAAAAAUACUUCAUCUGAUUCUCUAAGGAAGUUUGGUAAAGGGAAUGUGUUUUUAUUGGAUGCCACAAAAGAAGGAAAUGUGGGCCGCUUCCUUAAUCAUAGUUGUUGCCCAAAUCUCUUGGUACAGAAUGUUUUUGUAGAAACACACAACAGGAAUUUUCCAUUGAUGGCAUUCUUCACCAACAGGUACGUGAAAGCAAGAACAGAACUAACUUGGGAUUAUGGUUAUGAAGCCGGGACUGUGCCUGAGGAGGAAAUCCCCUGCCAAUGUGGGGUUAAUAAGUGUAGGAAAAAAAUAUUAUAAAUAUGCAGCUAACACUUGUUGAUGAAGUUACUUUUUUAGGCUGAGGUUAGAACACCGGAAAAGAAUCCUCAGUCACUAGUGGAAGUAAUUUAGGUUUAGGCCCAUCAAGGUAAUUCUUCUCAGCUUUCCCUUACUGGGGAUGCCUAUUUUGUUACUAAUUUUAUAUGUGUGACUUAGAAAUGUCAGGAACAAAAAGGGACAUUUCAUAUGCAUAGGGUAUCUCUUAUCCUUACCCCUGUUUAACUUUACUUGAGUAGGAAGAAAGUAUAUAUUUUAUGUGAAACACCACUGUACAAUUUAUAAUUUAUUUGUAAAUUAUAUAUUAGGUGAUAACAAAUGUCACACCAGAACUCAGCUGUUUCUAAUUGCUUUUGUGAUUAUUAUCUUUCAGUUCAUGCCCCAAAGAGCCAAAUUUCACAUCUUUACCUACACAAUUGAUGCUUAAUUCCUGUCAAAUCAUUUACCAUUAUGAGGUACAAGGUGGGCAACACAGCAUGAGGAAUGUGUAAGAACUUAUUUUG